UAUUUGCUAAGGGAGAGGAGGUCACGCAAGACGGGUGUUUCUCAGUUUUUGCAAGUAUGAUAAUACGAAUCUGCACUACCCUAUUUAGGAGACUGUCAGCAUUAUCAUACACGGCUUGGAGGCCGCACACCCCGCAUAUUACUGGAUGGUUAACUUAUUUGUCAAGCAAGUAUAAAAUAGGCAACGACAGCCUCAAUCCGAAUACUAAACGAGCAAUAUCAUCAGCAAUUCAGGACGCAAAUCCCAGGCCCUCAAUCAGAGACUGUCAGCAUUAUCAUACACGACUUGGAGGCCGCACACCCCCGCAUAUUACUGUUCGUUCAAC